CGAGCUUGACGCCAUAAUGCCUGCCGGAUGGUCGUUAAACCUUUCAAAACCCCCACGACUUGUCGGUUGCAGCCCGGCAAGCCUGUCGAGAUUGCUCUUUUAGAGCGCAAAAAAGGGUUUUUUGCCCAUUCGGGCUGUUUGCGCUGUCAAGGUGGGAAUGGAGCCCCCGUCGCUUGCAAACACAUGGUGCGGAAAGUAGUGUUUGGUUCAACUCUUUUAAAGGUCUCAUUCUACCGUGAGCGGAACAAGCAAGCCGAGCGAAAGCCCAAGGAGCGCACAAGACUAACCUGGGCGAAACCAAGAUCAGCGGCGAGGUCGCCAACAGUGACCUACCGCUGAGUAGUUACUUAAACAAACGGCUCCUUUUAAGGAGCCACCAGAUAUAAGAAAGUAAUGACCAACUCGAAUGUGUGAUACUCUUUUUUUUCUCUUUUCUGGCCCUUUUUUUUUUUUCAUUAUUUUCCUCAAAAAAAAGAUCAGCAUUCAAGCCAUUUCGAUUCGAACCGAAAGUUCCAUACGCCUCACUUUUAGAUCGCGCUGAUUGUGUCCAUCCCUGGGGUUGGAUCACUCAAAUAAUCAUACUUAGAAGGGAUUUAUUCAAUUAUCUUUCACCCAGUCGCCCUUUUGAACUAGCCUCGCGUCUUGCCAAGAUCGCUAAUAGGCCUUGAACCUGAUAGCGUGUUCUGGACAACGUUCUUUUCAUUUUUGCCUCAAAAUUAUGCAACACCGGAACCUGGUAAUUUGACACCGAUACCAGUACCAGUUUAUCAAUCAUGGAGGAAGCAGGGCACGAGGCUUGGUAAGUGAGAAUUAAAUGCACCCGUAUUAAGUACUUCUGCCAGCGACCUAUUCGCGUUUGUAAACACGAAAGUAUUUCUUAGUCAAACAGCACACCGUAGCUCACAGUAAAAGCUAGUAAAUCCGCCGGUGGUUCAUUGAAAUGAGCCACAUUUAUUCUCGCUAAAAUAGCUGACAAUUUCAACUUGACGGAUUACACACAAUAACAAAAAGUAUUCAGUCUAGAUUUUGAUGUCCUCGUUUGACUGUUUUUUAUCAAAGUAUCUCAUAUUCUUGAAUGGUGAUAAGUAGUAUUUGGUUUUGGAGAAAAAUAGCAGAAAAGCAAGGAGUUUGAAAGGAUAAAUUGAGUCUGUAAACCAAACUCAUCACUGAAUUUUAUCUUACUUUAUUAGUGAGAUAUUUCCUGUUCCAGGAAGUUUUGGACUUAGUGGACUGAAUCAAAGUAAAAUACUACUCUAAACCCUAAGUAAAUGGCAUAAUUUGAUAAAAAUGUUGAAAAUUAGACAAGGUAAUUGAUAAGAUUUAUUAAUUUAUCAAAUUAUUUCUGAAUUCACAGGAGUUAAGAGAGAAAGGGAUUCAACAGGUAACUAAAAAAAAUACUUUGCAAAGUGGAGUUUCAACAGUUUAAAAAAUAGAAGAAAUUUGAGUAUUCAAUUUAACAUACUACUUUUUUUCAAUUAUGUCAAUUAGAAGAAGAACGACAAUUAACAUGGGGAUGGGGAUUCGUUGGUGGCCCCAUCACCACAGAAGAAGACCCUGAGGGUCAGAGCGAUUUUAAUAGUGGUUAUCAUUCCGCUGAAACUGAGAUCAUUUCAGAUUCAGAAGAUGAUCUAUUCUUUUUAGAUG